AGCAAUGAUACUAUUCCUACCAAUACACCUCAGCCAUCGGUUCCCAAAAACCAUGUCACUACUACCUCUAGUCAAGAAUUAUCGAGCAAGCAUCAAAUCAAUAUUUGUGAUUCUUGCAUGAGGAGUAAUUUUUCUGAUCAAAUCACAGAAUCAUCGAGCAAACAUCAAAUCAAUAUUUGUGAUUCUUGCAUGAAGAGCAAUUUUUCUGAUCAAACCACAAGUGUAUCCGUGUCUCAGAUUAACAAUAACCAGAUAAUUUCCAAUCAAGUUACUAAUAUUCCUGAUCCUCAAAACUCAACUCCUUGUCAAGAUAUAACUGCGACUCAACAUAUUUCAAAUUGCACUACCAACGUAAAUAUCAAUUCUUCUUCGUGGAAACUUGGAUAUAUUACUACCAUUUUUG